CAAAACUCAAAAUUUUAUUUGCAAUUGUCAUAAAAUUUGAAAAAGUCCAGCGAAUAGUUCGUCGGUGGAUUGUGGUCUUUUAUAGAUAUUUUUGUUUGUUUUCUUUCGAAUAACUUUCAUGACUUUUUAAUAUUAAUAAAAUGUUUUCCACAAGCACACAGAGAAAAUUUUGGACAUUCAGUGACGAGACUGAACUAGCCCGUCUUCGAGAAAAACAUAAUUUGCAAUACAUUUCAAAGCAUGGAUCUAAUACUGAUGAAUAUCAGCCGUAUAAUAUUUUCCUGUCCCCUGAGGAAGAGGGACUGCUGUUAAAACAAUACGAGCUUCAUAUGAAAGAGUUUUGCAAAAGAUUCAGUCCACCGAUGCCAAAGGGCGUCGUAGGAACUGCGUUCCAUUACUUUAAACGUUUUUAUUUGUACAAUUCUACAAUGGACUAUCAUCCGAAAGAAAUUCUGGCUACUUGUGUUUAUUUAGCGUGCAAAGUGGAAGAAUUCAACGUGUCUAUAGGUCAGUUUGUUGCUAAUAUAAAAGGAGACAGGGAGAAAGCGUCGGAUAUUAUAUUAAAUAAUGAAUUGUUGUUGAUGCAGCAAUUAAACUAUCAUUUGACUAUUCACAAUCCCUUCAGGCCGGUAGAAGGCUUUCUUAUUGACAUAAAAACGAGAUGUACACUUCCUAAUCCGGAACGGUUAAGAAGUGGUAUUGACGAAUUUCUUGAAAAAGUGUUUUUGACUGAUGCAUGUUUGUUGUAUGCUCCAUCUCAGAUUGCUUUGGCUGCUGUUCUUCACUCAGCGAGCAAGGAACAAGAGAACCUGGAUAGUUAUGUCACGGAGAUAUUAUUUAUAGAUGCGGGUCCAGACAAACUAGCUAUUUUGAUUGAGGCCGUGCGUAAAAUUCGUUCUUUAGUCAAAAUGGUGGAGAAUCCAGUACGAGAGAGAGUCAAAAUUAUUGAAAAGAAACUGGACAGGUGCCGCAAUCAAGAAAACAAUCCAGACAGUGAAAUUUACAAAAGAAGAAUGAGGGAAACUUUGGAUGAGGAUGACAUGCCAUAUUCAGGCACAAGUAGAAUGUCUUUAGAUACAAGUGGAGUUACUCAAGUUUUGUCUCCAUCAGCUUCUUAAUUAUAGACUAUAAAUGUAUAUUGACUCUAUUAAAUAUAAUUAAAUAAAUUUA